UUUGAGAACUAGCAGGACACACACGGUAGUACUACAGAGAAUGGCAGAGGGCAGUUCUCAAUGUAAACGACACCACCACCAACAACCAUAACAUUGCUUUUAACUAAGUGUACAAAUAAACACACGUUGCAAAGAGAGAUUUAUAGAAGAUGGCCAGGGCGACCGGCUUCAAAGUGUUGCAGCUGUGUCAGCGUCAUCGACAUGCCUUGGUACAGAGCUCAGAGGCUGCCACUCGUGUUCCGAGGAGUCCCUUCAGCUCGCAGUCCAGAAGUGUAGUCGGGCGUUGGGCAUGGGUAAGGAGGGUGCUGCUGGGAGCUGCUGUAGGGGUGCCCAUCGCAGUGGGCGUUCGGUACGCCCUUGCUGACCCCCGGGAGAGACGAAGGAUCACAAUAGUGACGGAGGGGGUUGGGCGCUUCUGUAGGUCCUUGCAAGUUGGGAUUGUGAUAUCUUUCGAUUACUGGUGGACGUCCAAUGUGCAGCUACGGGGACUUCAAGAGGAUAGUCCGGACUUUGUGGAGGGAAUGUCUGCCUGUCAUCAGCGGGCUGCCGACAGCAUGGUGGAAGGUGCCAUUCAGAAUGGAGGACUGUACAUCAAACUGGGCCAGGGGCUGUGUGCCUUCAACCAUCUGCUUCCACCGGAGUACAUGAACACCCUGCGUGUACUGGAGGACAAAGCUCUCAACAGGAAGUAUAAGGAGGUGGAUGCCCUGUUCCUGGAGGAUUUUAACAGCACUCCUGACAAGAUGUUCAAAGAGUUUGAUUAUGAGCCAGUGGCAGCAGCCAGCCUGGCUCAGGUACACAAGGCAAAACUGAACGAUGGGACUGCAGUGGCUGUCAAGGUGCAGUACAUAGAUUUAAGAGACCGGUUUGAAGGAGAUAUCCGGACGCUGGAGAUCUUGCUGGAUCUUAUCAAGUUCAUGCACCCCAGCUUUGGAUUCCGCUGGGUCCUCAAGGACCUGAAAGGCACCCUCGCUCAGGAGUUGGAUUUUGAGAAUGAGGGCCGGAACUCUGAGCGCUGCGCUCAGGAUCUCAAACACUUCAAGUUCAUCGUCGUUCCCAAGGUGUACUGGGACAAAACCAGCAAGAGGGUGCUGACGGCAGAUUACUGUGAAGGAUGCAAAGUAAACAACGUGGAGGAAAUCAAGAGACAAGGUCUCGGCUUGAAAGAUGUAUCUGAUAAGCUUAUAAGAACAUUUGCAGAGCAGAUAUUUUAUACAGGGUUCAUCCAUGCAGACCCCCACCCAGGGAAUGUGCUGGUGAGAAAAGGACCUGAUAAGAAGGCUGAACUGGUUUUACUGGACCACGGGCUGUACGAGUUCCUGAGUGAACAUGACAGGGUGGCUUUGUGUAAGCUGUGGCGCUCAAUCAUUCUCAGAGACAAGCCGGCCAUGAAGAAAUAUUCAUCUGACUUGGGUGUCAAAGAUUACUUCCUAUUCUGCGAGAUCCUGCUGCAGCGGCCCAUCCACAUGCACAAGACUGGCCUGUCUAAUAUCCUGAGCCGGGAGGAGACAGUCUACAUGCAAGAGAUGGCAGCGAAGCACUUCGAGCGCAUCAUGGAGGUCCUGAAGGCCAUGCCGAGGCCCAUGCUGCUGGUCUUUCGCAACAUCAACACGGUGCGCUGCAUCAAUAUCGCACUGGGGGCACCCGUGGAUAGGUACUUCCUGAUGGCCAAGAGUGCUGUGAGGGGCUGGAGUCGGAUGCAGGCAGAGAGAUGCAGGAGGCUUCCACAGAUCUGGGUGCUUCGCUGGCUGUGGAUCGUGUGGGACAAUGUCAAAUUUGAAUUUGCUUUGAGGUCAGAGGUUGUGAUGAUGCGUCUGAUGACCUCGUUGCUACGGUUACUGGUCUACUUUGGCCGAAUUCCUCAGGAUGACCGCAUUUACCAAUACCUCCAGUGAUUCCCGGCUGUAGGAUAUGAUACAACUCCAUUUCUUUACCUCAUGCAAAAAAAAAAAAAACAAAGGCCCUCCACCUCCUGAAGCCAGAAUCCCAGGGCUUUCCAGAGAUUAAGAAAAGUGGCACCUUUGAAAAUAAAAGGAAAAUGAAAAGGUUAUCUCGGCACUGAAUAUGCUAUCCAAGUUUUAAUAUUGCUGCUGUUAUUAUCAGGUGUCUGCUGACAGUGUGGUUGAUUUUAAACAUGGUGAAAUACAACAGUCAACUGUGUAGUGUUCAAAGCAAAGCUUACAAAUGGAAAUGUAUCAGGACCAUCAUGCUGGUGGGUAUGCAGCUGGAGAACUUCACUUCCUGUCCAAUGCCAAAACCUGCUUGGGCCAUUCAGGCCUAAUACCUAGAGCUACAGUUCAGGCUGGCGAUGUCAGCACUGGAAAGUUGCACCAGGUUUACCUCUGUGCCUUUAUCUGGUGCAUAAGGACAAUACGUACUGUACUUAGAAGUAAACAGUACCCAUACCUUUGUGCAGUUCAACUGUGCCAUCUAGAAAAAUGUCAUUUGUGCACAUUAAAUCAGCAAUAAUGAUUAUGCCCAAACUGCACUUGCGAUGUAUGUUAUGUAUCUCUUUUUUCUGUUGUAACCACAUUGAAACGCCAAGGUUAAGGGAUGGGUUUGUUUUUGCUCAGGCCGGUAUCAAUAAAAAUGUCAAGCAUUAUACUAUUCCAACGCCACACACACGUUUGGUAAAUGCUUUGUAUGGGAGGACUGCAGAAUAUAUGGGCGUGCAUCGAUUCCAGUUUACAUUUCUAAACCACUGUGGUGUCAGUGUAUAUCAGAUUGCAUUUGUUUUUGUACAUUAAGUUUUGUUACCAGAACUUUCUACAAGAGUAGCUGCUAGACCAGUGGUCCUCAAAGUGGUGCCCGCGAAGCCAGGCCAUCGUGCGUGGCAGCUGUUCUUAAAUUAUGGGUCGUGAACACAUUUCUGGCGGGUUGUAGCAUGGGAAAAUAAAGCUUUAAACACGUUUUCCAACAAACGUCACAGCGGUCUGACAGCGCUGCUCACUUAAACUUUGCUUGUACAUACUCCACUUUUUUUUUUUCUUUUUUCUGGCGGCCCUCUGCAAUACGAUCAACCAAUUGAAUAUCUGCAUUGUUUC